AUGGAGGGAGAAGGGGAGUUGUUGGAUUUGAGUCACCUCUCAGAGGCAGAGCAGACAUCCAUCUUGGAAGUGUUACUAAGGGACUCGAAUCUGCGUUGCCUUGAUGAGGGGCGUGUAAGGACCCUGCAGCAGAAAGAGGCGGAUUCAGUGCGUCUGAGGUUGCUGUCAGGGGCGUGGUUUCAUGAGGAGAGGAGCAAGCGCUACCGAGACACAAAGGAUGGCGUUGACAUCGUACAGGCAUCCAUACGAGGCAGGAAGCCAAGAACAGAUUUGUCUGUGAGUGGGAUGUUUAAAGGGCAGACAGAAGAUGCUCCUCCCACUAACAACAAGGACCCCAGCUCUCAGAUAGAGGACAAGAAAGAGGAGGAUGACAAGAGGAGUUACAGGAGUCCACCUACAGCCAGACCCAGACCCAAACCCAGGAGCCCAAACCCACAGGAUACAGACGCUGUGUCCAGUGUUGUGACUGAAGCUGAUCUGACGCCUCUAAGGCCUGGGAUCUCCAUCAGCACUCUAAGUCUACAGUCUAACUACACACUAAGUGGCAGUAUGAUGAGUCUGUUCAGUUCUGGGGAGUUUGGGGCGGUGGAGGUGAAAGGGCGUGUCCUGUUCUCAUUGGACUAUGACACUCAGAGGGAGAAGCUACAGGUCAGAGUGUGUCGUUGUGAAGGCCUGGCUGCUGCACGUAAGAACCACUCCGACCCGUACGCAAAGGCCUAUCUCCUGCCUGAUAAGUCGUCUCACACUAAGAAGAAAACAACAGUAAAGAAAAAGACCCUCAACCCAGUCUUUGACCAGACACUAAAAUAUAAGAUCAGUCUGUCAGAGGUGCGUGGCAGGACUCUGAACCUGUCUGUGUGGCACGCUGCCCCCCUGGGUAGAAACCUGUUCCUAGGAGAGGUAGAGCUGGAGCUGGCUCACUGGGACUGGACACACACAGACCCUGACUGGUACCAACUACAGCCACGGUUACAGUGUAGUCCAGAGUCUAUCAGUAGUCGAGGAAACAUCAUGCUCUCUAUCAAGUUCACCCCAGCAGGAUCUGAGGGUGGAGGUUUACCUCCAUCUGGGGAGCUACACAUUUGGCUGCGGCAGGCGCAGGGUCUUCUCUCCACCAAAGGUGGCGCCAUCGACUCCUUUGUCAAGAGGUGGGUUAGAGCAGGUGUUCCCUAA